UUUUUUUUUUCAAAUAAGCUGGAAUAAUUAAGCAGGGAUUUGUGAGCUGGAAUACUUCGAAGAGAAGGAAUUAGAUGACUAUUAUGACAAAUAUAUGAAUUGAAGAGGGAAAAAGAGAGAUAUUAUUCUUCUUUUGUAUCAUUAGUUUCUACAAACCAUUACCAAAUGGAAGAAUCUUCAAACGGGAAAUUAGAGGAGAUCCAGAAAGUGGAGUCACAGGAGGAGGAUAAGAAAGUGGUUGUUGAAGAGUCAAGAGAGGUUAAAGUUGAAGCUGAAUCUUUGAGAGAAAUUGUUGUUAAUGGGAAUUCUGAGUCUGCAAAUGGUGACCGUGAUGGAGAUGAUUCAAGUUCGCAGAGUAGCAGUUCAGAUGAAGAGGCAGAAACUGUGGAGAAUAGUCCUCGGGUUGUGGAUUCAGGAGAAUUGGAGGAGGAGAAAACGGUAAUCAACUCAGUCGUUGAUCCAAUUGAGCCAGAGGUUUCCCUUGCAGAAGAGUUGACUGAGGAUGUUGAAGUAGCAGUUGAGAUAUUAGAUGCUCAUGAUGAUGUUGCUGAAUCAGAAUCCAAGGAAAUUGAAGUCAACAUUUCGCAGUCUUUGGACGAGAGCAAUGGUGUUUCCACGGAUGAAACAAAUGACAUGUCCAAGGCGAUUGAGGAAGAAACCUUGCCUUCUUCUGAUGAGAAUAAUGGGGCUUCUCAAGUUGUAACAGAGAUUGUUUCAGAGAUGAUUGGGGAAAUAAUUCUGCCUUCUUCUGAGGAGAAUGGUGAGGUUCCUCCAGCUGAUGUUGUUUUAAACGCAAUUGAGGAAACAAAAUUGCCAGUUUUGGAACAGAAUGCUAAGGAGUCACCCAGCACUGUUGAUGAACCAAACCAGACAAUGGCGAAUGUAGGCAAUGUUGACGACACCAGUAAUCCCCGUGAAUUAGCCAACAAGCCUGAGCCCAUUCCUGGAAGCACUGGAAAUCCGCCUAUUAUAUCUUUGACUCAGCGCAACUUCCGACCAACUUCCUGGAGAAGCUGCUGUGGACUUCUUGACGUUCUGCGUCGCUCUGAUAGAUAAUUGAAGGUGAACGGAAAUCCUAUGUUGAUUUAUUAUCCUGGUAUUAAUUGAUUUUGCUUGUUCCUUGGAGUGUUGUGUGGAUUAUGUACUGUUAUAUUCAUUUCUCAGAGUUUGGACUCUUGAGUUUGUUUUAUAUUGAUUGUAAAAUCUGCAUGAUUUUUAGUUAUAUUUCCUAUGCAAUACAUUAACACAGUAAUUUUAAAA